AUGCUGCUGUGGGUGUCCUUGCUGAUCCUCGCUCCAGUCAGUGGACAAUCUGCAACUGCACACAAACCUGUGAUUUCCCUCCACCCUCCAUGGACCACUGUCUUCCAAGGAGAGAGAGUGAAUCUGACUUGCAAUGGGUUUCACCACUCACCACAGAGAACAAAAUGGAAACGUUGGUAUUCGGGGAAAGAAAUAGUAAGAGAUACCCCAGGAGACACCCUCGAGGUUCAUGAAUCUGGAGAGUACAGAUGCCAGACUAGGGGUUCAACCCUAAGUAACCCUGUGCACUUGGUCUUUUCUACAGAACCCUUCAUCCUGCAGGCCCCAUAUUCUGUGUUCGAAGGUGACACGUUGGUUCUGAGAUGCCAGAGAAGGGGGAAAAAGAAACUAACUGCCGUGAAAUACGUUUGGAAUAGAAAAAUUCUUUCUAUUUCUAAUGAAAGCCAGGAUCUUCUUAUCCCACAAGCAAGUUCAAAUAACAACGGCUAUUACCAAUGCAUUGGAGUUGAGGACAAAAAUUAUGUAUUUAGAUCAAAUCCCAGAAUGAUCAAAAUUCAAGAAUUAUUUCCACAUCCAAAGCUGAAAGCCACCGUCUCUCAGCCUACAGAGGGGAAUUCUGUAAACCUGAGCUGUGAAACACAGCUUCCUCCAGAGAGGUCGGACACCCCGCUUUACUUCACCUUCUUCAGAGACGAUGGGGUCGUCCUGUCAGACUGGAGCAAGUCCCCAGAACUCCAGAUUGCAACCAUAUGGAGAGAAAACUCAGGAUUCUAUUGGUGUGGUGCCGAAACAGUGAGCCGCAGCGUCCACAAACGCAGCCUCCCGCUACAGAUCCAAGUGCAAAGGAUCCCCGUGUCUGGAGUGCUCAUGGAGACCCAGCCCCCAGGAGACCAGGUGGUUGAAGGGGAGGUGCUGGUCCUUGUCUGCUCUGUGGCUGAAGGCACAGGGGACACCACGUUCUCCUGGCACAGAGAGGACACGAAGGAGAGUCUGGGGAGGAAAACUCAGCGUUCUCAGAGAGCAGAGCUGGAAAUCUCUGUCAUCCGAGAGAACCAUGCCGGCGGAUACUACUGUACAGCUGACAACAGCUACGGCCCUGUACAGAGCGGGGUGAUGAACAUCACUGUGAGAGGGACUCCAGGCAACAGAGAUGGUGUAAUUGCUGCGGGAGCCACCGGAGGGCUCGGCACCAUUCUGGCUAUCGCUCUGCUGUUUUCCUGCUGGCACCGGAGGAAAUCAGGAGAUGGUUUCCGGGGAAAUGAAACCAGGAGCCCUCCCACCGCUGGCCCAGAAGAGUCCUCCCAUUCCAUCUGCCCUGUCCAGGUGGCGCUGCAGCCGUUGUAUGGCAACGUGCACCUCGAAGAGGGAGACUUGGUAUAUUCUGAGGUCCAGACUAUUCAGCUGAGAGAAGAGGGGGAAGCCAGUACCUCCAGAACACUUCUCAAGGACAAGCAUGCCUCAGUGGUCUACUCAGAGGUGAAGACACAGCUCACGGAUAACUCAGCUGGAAAGGUCAUCUCCGAGGACGAAGAUACCAUGGAAAGUUACGAGAAUGUCCUACUCGUGCACCAAAGCCCCAAGCCCAGUGCAGUCCUUAAGGCCCCUGGAGUGACAAACUAG